GUAACAGUGGCCCUUUGAGAAUCUAUAAGGGACAGUACCUGUGCUGGUUAAUGGUGGUCUGGUAAAAAAACUAUAAGGGACCCGUGCUGGUCAACGGUGGUCCUCUGUGUAGAUCAACCCACCGUCUCCCCCCGCAGGCCACUUAGUGAAAAUUCACAUUAACCUGAAGAGAACGCCUGCCGGACAGUUGCCAUGACAGCAAAGAGCUGAUCAGAGCGCGUGCCUGCGUGUGUGUGCCUCGGUGUCCCGGUAACGUGCAACACACAACCCGGAAAGAGCUGACCGGAGAGCUCUUGUUCGAGUGCAGGGGACAAAUGUAACAAAUCUACAAGAGGACUUCAACAGCGCGGACUUUUCUCUCCUCUGAUUUAACAUUCUGACUGAACACAGGCUGGCGGCCUCCCCAGAAAUGGCUACAUUAUCUCUCCCUUUUUUGAAUAAGGAUGACCCCCGUUUGCAGCUGAAAGUGGAAAAUAGGUUGAAAAAUAUUUUUGUAACGCAAUCAGAGGACAUCAGUUUUCAGAACACAGAACAUGUUGAGAAUGUCAAUCACAUUCCUGUCAUUACUGAGUCCUCCGGCAGAAUACUGGACACAGGUGUCAACACUCUUCAGAGAACUCUAGUGCUGAAGAAGCAGGUGCAGGUGGAUGAAGUGAACAGGCAGUUAAUGCAGAAACGACUGGAGUUCAAAGGUCGCAUGCAGGCCCUGGAGCAGAAAAGGGCAGAACUUUUGCACAAACAGCAAGAAACAAAAGAGAGGGCAGAAAAAUUUGAGAAGUUUGUGGAGGAAAAUGAGGUGAAGCGACGCCGUGCGUUAAAGAAAUACCAGGUAGAGAGAAAACAGAAUGAGUUGAAGGAGGAAGAGAAAUCAGAGCUAUCUGCGCAACUUGAGCACCUUCAGAUGAGGCAUCAACGUCUCAAAGAAAGGGUUGAUAAAUAUAAGAUUUAUGAAGUCUAUCUGAUGAAGAUUCUGGAUUUACUCCCAGACAAUUAUCUAGAAUAUGGAGCAGACUCUUUGGCAAUGCCCAUCAUCAGACGCCACGAGACUCUGUCCAUCACUCAGCAGGACCUGCUGCAGCGACUGGCCAGCCUAGCAGAGGAACUGGACCAGAGCCAACGCAGCCUAGACUCACUUAAACAGGAGCACACCACAAACAAACUGAUGACAAAUAAGGAGCUGUCAGAGCUGCAGACCCAGUGGGAUCAAAUCAAAGAGAAGAAUAAACAACUGGAGAUGACCCUGCACAUACACCAGGGCCAGUCCCGUGACCAGGUCGAAGAGAUUGGGAGUCUUUUGAUAGCCGUGAAAAACCUUGGACAGCAAUGCCACUUGCAACACUAUGGACCAUUAGAAGAUAUGAGCCUGCUGACUAUGAUGGAUAUGAUGAAGGAGUUCAUCCUGGAGAAGGCGGACAUGGAGCGGCGAGCACUGCGACUGACAGACUCUGGCUCAGAGCUGACGAAGGGGAGUGUGGACAGAGGAAGGAAAGGAUCGGCCCUGAGCAGAAACACCUCCAGUAAAGUCCACCUGAAGAGUACCAGCAAAGCCAGUGGAAGGAGUGAACUGCUCAGCUCAACCAAGACAAUGAGAUAUGUUUAUGAAUGCUGAUGAGACUGAAAUCCAAUUUUGUAAACUGUGUAUUUUGAUGAUGUGAUUUAAAAGCAGUUUGAAAGUGCUGGCAAAUGGAACUGUGUGCAAACAUAUAAUAUUAUCUUAAAUGGAAAGGUGAUAAGAUUUAAGAUUUAUAAACAACAAUAUGAUUUUUUGGCCUUUCGUUAAUAGAAUCCCUCAUAU